UUAUGUCUUUUCAGUGGACAAACGACAACGUCUUUAAACUGAUAGAAAUGUACGAAGAGAGAGAACUACUGUGGAACACCAUGUCAGAAGAAUACAAAGAUCGUAAUAAAAAACAUGAUGCCUGGAGUGAAAUAGCAAACGCUUUCGAAGUGGAAAAAUACGUUGUCGUAAAAAAAAUGAAAUCUCUUAUCGGACAGUUUCAGCGCGAAUUAAAGAAGGACGAAAUGUCUAGCUGGUUUGCUUUUAAGAAAAUGAUGUUCAUAAGAAAUCGACCAUAUAAACCAGCAUCUCGUGAUAGCGGUGUAAAGAACAGCCAUAACGAUGAACUCUCCGAGUCUUACCACGUCGAAAAUUUCCACAUAGCCGCCCCCAUCCCAAUGCUUCACGAAUCUACGGACACAACAGCAAACUUAUCAACCAUCUCAAGGAAAAGAACCAGUUCAUACGACGAUAAAUCUGAUGACCCAAUGGCAUAUGGAUUUGCUAAGCAAUAUCGGCCAAGUUCAAAAUCUGGUCAAGACGAAUUUGAAAUUUACGGGCAAUAUGUUGCUUCGGAACUAAGAGAGACUAAAGAUCUGCAUUCAGUCCUAAUAGCGAAACGUUAUAUAAACGAUAUAUUGUUCAACGCGCGCAUUGGAAAAUAUCGUAAAGAUUCUACAAGUAAUAACAGCAAGAGUAAAGGUAUUAAAACUGAACAGGAACAUGAUUCAGACGUGAAUGAUGAUGAAUAAAAUUACAUUUCUAAAAGCAUGGAGUUUCAAUAAAAUUAUA